AUGGAUUGGCUCCUCUUCAGGAACAUUCGCCUCCUGAUGCUUUUCCUGGUGGUGCUGGAAGUAAACAGCGAAUUUAUUGUUGAGGUCAAGGAGCUGGACGUGGAAAAGGGCACGACCAAGUGGCAGACUGUCAGGAGGCAGAAGCGCGAGUGGAUCAAGUUCGCGGCGGCGUGUCGGGAAGGAGAGGACAACUCCAAGCGGAACCCCAUCGCCAGGAUCCGCUCGGACUGCGAAGUGAGCCAGAAGAUCACGUACCGCAUCUCGGGGGUGGGCAUCGACCGGCCGCCGUACGGGGUGUUCGCCAUCAACCCUCACACGGGGGAGAUCAACAUCACCUCCGUGGUGGACAGAGAGAUCACGCCCCUCUUCCUGAUCUACUGCCGGGCUCUGAAUGCGCGGGGUGAAGACUUAGAGAGGCCCCUGGAGCUUAGAGUCAAAGUGAUGGACAUAAAUGACAACCCUCCGGUCUUCACACAGAACGUGUACACGGGCAGCAUCGAGGAGAACAGCGAUGCCAACACGCUGGUGGUGAAGUUAAGCGCCACCGAUGCAGAUGAAGACAAUCACCUGAACUCUAAAAUCGCCUACAAGAUCAUCUCUCAGGAGCCGGCAGGUGCGCCAAUGUUCAUCCUGAACAGGUACACCGGCGAGGUCCGCACCAUGUCCAGCUUCCUGGACAGAGAGGAGCACAGUAUGUAUAACCUCCUUGUGCGGGGCUCGGACCGAGACGGAGCUGCAGAUGGACUGUCCUCUGAGUGUGCCUGUAGGAUCCAGGUCUUAGAUGUCAACGAUAAUUUCCCCACCUUGGAGAAAACCUCCUACUCAGCAAGCAUUGAGGAGAACUGUUUGAAUCCGGAACUGAUGCGGUUAAAAGCAAUUGAUCUUGAUGAGGAAGGCACAGAUAACUGGCUGGCGAAAUAUGUAAUUCUCUCCGGGAAUGAUGGGAAUUGGUUCGAGAUUCAAACAGACCCACGAACCAAUGAAGGCAUUUUGAGAGUUGUCAAGAUGCUGGAUUAUGAACAAAUGCCUAAUAUUCAUCUUGGCAUCGGAGUCAAAAACCAAGCUGAAUUUCACCACUCAGUUGCCUCUCGGUUCCGAAUGCAUUCAACCCCUGUGAGAAUCCAGGUCAUUAACGUGAGAGAAGGACCCAAGUUUAAUCCAAACUCCAUGACUUUCAGUGUGCAGGAAGGAGUAAGGGGGGACUCCUUGAUGAAUUAUGUCCUUGGCACAUACACGGCUGUGGAUUUGGACACAGGGAAUCCUGCCACGAAUGUCAGGUAUAUCAUAGGACAUGAUGCUGGCAGCUGGUUAAAAGUUGACUCAAGAACUGGUGAGAUACAAUUUUCUAGGGAAUUUGAUAAGAAGUCAAAAUAUAUUACCAAUGGGAUAUACACAGCAGAGAUCCUGGCUAUAGAUGAUGGCUCCGGGAAAACGGCUACGGGAACCAUUUGCAUUGAAGUCCCGGAUGUCAAUGACUACUGCCCAGUCAUUGUUGCUGAUCGUAACGCCAUCUGCAUCGCCUCUCCAUCCAUCCUUGUAUCCGCGAGAGACGUGAACCACCAUUCCUAUGGGGCUCCCUUUUCCUUCUGUGUUGUUGAUCAGCCUCCGGGGACAGCUAACUUAUGGGAUAUCAAAACAGUGAAUGCUACCUCGGCCCUCCUGACGGCUGGGCAGCCGCUGUCAGCGGGAGCUUACCAAAUCCCGAUCCUGGUGAAGGACAGCCUCAACCGGCAGUGUGAGCUGCCCCAGACAGUGAGGAUCGAGGCCUGCGACUGUGACGUCAGCCAGGCGUGCUUGCACUCUGGCACUCCGGGCGUCUCCACUGGGGAUGGCAGCUCCGUGACCGGCGACAUAGAUGGGCUUGUCCCUGGCGACCGCAUUGAGGGUUCCAAUGUUGGCCUGGGACCAGCGGGGAUUGGCAUGAUAGCGCUGGGCCUGCUCCUACUGCUCUUGUCGCCGCUCUUGCUGCUUUUCUGCUGCUGCGGGCGGAGGCAGCCCCAGGGCCUGGGCACCCGGUUCGCGCCGGUGCCCGAGGGCGGGGAAGGCGUGAUUCAGUCCUGGAGGAUAGAAGGGGCCCAUCCUGAGGACAGGAAAGCGCAUGUCUACGCAGACGAAGACGAAGGGCGGCCGGCCAACGACUGCCUGCUCAUCUAUGACCACGAGGGCGUGGGCUCGCCCGUGGGCUCCAUCGGCUGCUGCAGCUGGAUUGUGGAUGACCUGGAGGAAGACUGCAUGGAAGCGUUGGGUCCCAAGUUCAGGACGCUGGCCGAGAUCUGCCUGGACACCGAGAUCGAGCCGUUUCCCUCCCACCAGGCCUGCAUCCCCAUCAGCACGGACCUCCCUCUGCUCGGGCCCAACUACUUCGUGAGCGAGUCCUCGGGCAUGACGCUCUCGGAGGCGGAAUUCCAGGCGGAGCUGGCGAUGGCGGAGCCCGCGGUGCACGGGGACAUCGUGGUGACCGAGACCUACACCACCACGGAGCCGUGCGUGCAGCCCACCACCAUCGUGUUCGACCCGCAGCUGGCGCCCAACGUGGUGGUGACGGAGACGGUGAUGGCGCCCGUCUACGACGUCCAGGGGGGCCUGUGCGUGCCCGCCGAGCUGGCCGGCGCCCAGAGCCUCAUCUACACGGAGCGCGUGGUGGCCGGCCCCGGCGGGCCUGAGGCCAGGGGCGGCAGCGUGGCUGACGGCUGCGUGGGGCCGGUGGGGAGUGGCAUCUUGGUAGGGCCAGAGAUCCAGGUGACACAGAUGGUGAGUCCCCCGGACAUCCACAUCAGCCGAACCAUUGGCUCCACGUCCCCGAUGGCAUCCCGACACAGAGUGACACGCUACAGCAACAUACAUUACUCCCAGCAGUGA